AUGGCAUCCAGUACCGACUCACUAGUCGACGAACACAGUCUCAGCCCGAUCAGCCACCGUACUCCGCUCCUCCCCCGCCAUGCCUCGGAUAGUGACGAUGAGGUCUAUUGCAGCCAAACCAGCCGAGCCCACCAGGUCAAGAGCUAUAUCAAGCAAGCAACCGCCUCGCUCCGAUGGACCGUCCAACCGUUCUUACCUACAAAUCCGCCGCACUGGCUGCAGACAACCAGACCUCUCAGCCUUCCCACUGUCAAUCAUCGAUCGACAUCUCAAGCGGUCUUUCUGGGUAUUUGGUUACUUGUCAACCUCGCUCUGAUUCGACAGUCUUGGUCUCUUUCGAAUAUUAGUGAGCCCAGCCACUUCCCUCAACCGACGAAGCCCGAAUGGUUACAUUGCGUCGAAUCGUAUUGGCUCAAAGACGACGGAUGUGGGCUGAAUGGCAAAGAUUGUUCAUCAUAUCGCAACGUGACUAUGGCUUUUAGAUGUCCUUCUCAUUGUGGGACAAGCACGGGCUUGUUGAACCCUCGAGUCGUCGGUGGAGAAGUAGCCAAUUACCAGCCACUCGUAGUUGGAGGGGGUGGACAAGGAAAAAGAUACCGCCCGGAUUCGUUCAUAUGUCAAUCAGCCGUCCAUGCUGGGAUUGUUUCUGCCCGUUGGGGUGGCUGUGGCGUCUUAAAGAUGCUGGACGAGACGCACGGAUUCAGCGGAUCGGAGGCCAAUGGAAUCCGCUCGAUCGGCUUUCCCGCUCCCUUCCCAAUGAGCUUCACCUUCCUGGACAAUGUUCACACCAGCGGAUGUAACGAUCUAUGGCUCACAAUCAUCCUUCUCAACGUUGCGUGUAGCGCAAUCUUCGUCCUUCUCCUCGGCCCAUCUCCCCAGAUGUUCUUCUGGGUGCUAAGCAUCGUCGGUUAUUGGAUCGUGCCCGUGGCCUCUGAACCAAGCAGUUUACCUCCAUCGUGGUCAAAAGCCACCGGCAAUUUUUUGCCCUUCCUCUUUGUUUGCUACUGGCUGUGGAACGUCUGCUGGAGAGACACGCUUGAGACCAUCAGUAGUCUGGAUAGGGUGUGGGUGUACCUGGGGCCUUGGUGGUUUGGAGUACUCAUGAACUUGACGGCCGGCUGGGUACCCCUAGACAGAUUAACGCCACAUGACCUCCAACAACGGCCCGGUGCAUUCCUAGCCCUAAGCAUAUUGAUGACGAUCACAGCUAUACUUGUAUACCAUCAAGCCUGUUGUCUGCGGAAAGAAAAACGGUUCGAGAAACUGGCGGUUCCAUACGCGUUUCUGGCAAUUGUGUUAAUCCUACUCUGUUUCGUGCCUGAACAUUCACUCAGGAUUCACCAUUAUCUGAUAGGGAUUUUCUUGAGCCCGUUGGCCUCAGCAAAGACGAAGAUAUCUGGAGUGCUCCAAGGCUUCCUCCUAGGAAUGGUCCAGAAUGGGGUUGCACGAUGGUCGUUUGCCUCGAUCUUGGAACAGACAUCGGAGGUGAUCGGGGACGGAUAUCUUUCGGGAGACUCGAUGCCUGAAUUUGAUCUCGAACAGAGCGGUCUGAUCAACGGUCUCAAAGAUCUGAAGGUUUCUUGGAAGAGCGAGGGGCCUGAUGAUCGUGCAUCCUUGGUUGGAGUCAUGGUUAACGAUGUCCUAAGAUUCAUCGUCCCCAAGAUCAACCAGUCUCUCAUCAUUCAUAAUUUCUUGAACAAUCUUACUUCUAUUUCAACAUCCCCUUCCCCUCUGCAGGCCGCUUUCAAUCAAGUCUUCUUCAGAUUAGCGUUUUUUGAUAAUAAGAUGAAUGCCGAGCAUCGGAUCAGUGAAUACACUGGGCCAGUCACCUUUUUUGUCAACAAUCAAACUUGGCUGGGACCAACUCCAGUUUACUAG